CGCCCGCCUCAAGCCGCAGGAAGUCUCGCGAUGGAGGGAGGAGGCGGUGCAUCCCCGGAAAUCCUCGAAGAAAGUCACUCAGGAUGUGUUCUACCUACAAGUCUCGGAGCCAACAGUUUGAAGAAAAGCAGUUGGGGGUUCCUAUUUACUGGGAUUAUUGGCGGGACGCUGGUGGCCGUGUAUGCCGUGGCCACACCGUUUCUAACGCCGGCCCUCCGAAAAAUUUGUCUGCCUUUUGUACCUGCAACUACAAAGCAGAUUGAAAAUGUUGUGAAAAUGUUGCAUUGCAGAAGAGGAUCCCUGGUCGAUAUUGGCAGUGGUGACGGGCGUAUUGUGAUAGCAGCUGCAAAAGCAGGAUUCACAGCCGUUGGUUAUGAAUUAAACCCCUGGCUAGUUUGGUACUCCAGAUACUGUGCUUGGCGAGAGGGAGUGCACGGCUCUGCCAAAUUUUAUAUUUCAGAUUUGUGGAAGGUAACUUUUUCGCAGUACUCAAACGUCAUUAUUUUCGGCGUGCCUCAGAUGAUGCUGCAGUUGGAGGAGAAACUCACGCUCGAACUGAAGGAUGACGCCAGAGUCAUUGCCUGUCGGUUCCCUUUCCCUCACUGGACCCCAGACCACGUCACUGGGGAGGGGGUGGACACUGUGUGGACCUACGACGUGAGCACUGUGAGAGGCAAGGGGCCCCGAAGACCCGUGUGCUUCCAGCCGAGCAUUCAAAUGUAGACUUUAUUGAGCGUGGUUUCCCAGGUGUUGGUGAGCUUUGAUUUUACAGAGACUUCAGCUGUGUCUUCAGCAAAGAGUGUAUUUUUCUUCGGUAUGGAAUGAAAAAGUACUAUUACUUUCCUUAACUUCUGGGAAACAAACAGAAGUCAAGAACAGCAGGUAGAUUUAAAGUCCCUUUUCAUGCUGUAUUCAAAAAAGUGGUCUUACUGUCCUUCCAUGCGCUCAGAGGUAUGAAAAUAUGAAUGAGUGAUAGUCAUUUUGAUGUGCAGGAAGAUGUGAACAGCUCCUGACAUUAUAAAAAAUAUGAUUUAAUGCCAGAGAUGAAAAAAAAACACACUUUUUAAAGAGGGUAUGUCUUAACAGAUAUUUGUAGUUUGCUCUAACUUCAUUCAUACUUAAGAUUUAUGGAUUUUUGUCUUUCUUUUCUGUACUUGAUGGUAAAACUAAUUUUCUGAAGGAUGUGGGCCCUCAUAUUUUAUAACAUUUGUUAGGAAUCAUUUGUUCCAAGGCUAGUGGAUUACUGUAUUUUAUUGAAUCUGAGAUGUGUAUGUGUGUGUAAAUGUGUGUGCAUAGACGCACGUUUGAACAUUUCUGAAAUGGUGAUGAACCUUCCAGUCAGUGGUGUUUUGUGUCUGUGAUCAGUGGUGUUUUGUGUUGUACGUCAUGAGAUCGUUGCACAUCAGCCAGCAUUGAUGGGAUCUCAGGUUUGAGGAAAUGUGCUCAGGGAAGCUGCACGAUAGAGGAGUAGUUGGUAGUAACAGUAGUAAAAUAAGCCGUCCUGCGCUUGGGAUUCAGCCAGCCCUGACGGCAGAUCCCUGCCUGGCCCCAGCAGGAGGCCCAGGACCAGGGGCUUGCCCCCCGUGGAGCCUUGCUUUCCCAGCUACCCCGAGGACCCGUUGGGAUAAUGAUACACUGAACAGGGGACUUUUUUGGGUAAACUCACGACACAGAGUCUUCGGUCUGUGAGUGUAUUUAUUAUUUUAGAUACUAAAGAAAGUUACGGAUUAUUUCUGCUAGUUGCUUCUUGACUUUAUGAAAGCUGCCAUUUAUGUAAUAUUUCUCAUUUACGAGAGGAGACUUGACUGAUUUAGAUAAAGACAAGGAAAACCUUUGAAUGUGAGUAGACAAGCUUCAUGUAUCUGAAAAUUAGUAUUAAAUGGUGCCUCGAAUAAUCCCUAUGCAUCAUAGGAAAGAAGCGAGCUCCCAAACAUACACACCUGUAACCUAAAUACCAAACCGUCUUCACAGAGGUUUGAUAAGAUGAGAUGGUUUGCAUUUUUAACUGAAAUCCUAAAACUAUGAUCAGCUUAAUUGUCAUUUAAAUGAGCAGCAACCUGGAGACUCAUUCAUUCCUUCAGCAGAUACUUACCGAGUAUCUACUGUGUAAUAAGCUUUUCCGACUCAAUGGUGAAUAGACCUGCAAGGCCUCUAAUCUUAUGGCAUGUAUAUUCUAGAAGAACGAGACAGACAAAUACGAGAGUGAAUGUUAGUGUGUGUGACGUUCUCUGAAAGAAGUCAACAAUGUGACAGCCUUGGGCAUUUGUCAGGUGUUUGGCUGCUACUGUCCAUCCCUUCCCAGUGGCCCCCGGUUUCUUAGGAAUGAAUUCUCUCCGAUGUGUGUAGUUUGCUGCCUGCCCCUCCGUCACUCCCGCCAGCCCUGUAACUCGGACAGGGACCCGUCAUACCUCCCUGCCGGGCAGGUGUGAUGGUAGGGACAGGGUUUUGUGUUCAGUAAGGAUGCAUUCGGUAAGUUUCUAGACGCUCCUGGCGGACUUCCGGAGGCAUCAGGCUGUCUGGAAAGGCAUAUGUAACUUGCUGUUGUUGGGUUUCUCCUUCAGCUUCCCAAGAAUUAGAUGAUGCCUGGUCCUGCAACCUCAGAAUAAAAUAGACCAUUUCA